CUUGGCUCACUAUGAACGCUUGUGUUUCCUGUGCGAGAAGAUCCAUCUGCAACGAAGCCAUGGCAUUCCGAAGCGGCUCUCUCGUUGCUCUCAUCUUCCUUGUAGCAUUGGCUGUCAGUGCCGGCACUUGUUCUGCGGCGAGACCUGAACCCUACGGCGGGAAGAACCUGAACUUCAUCCGCUCUUCCUGCGGCGCGACGCAGUACCCGAGCCUCUGCUUCAGCUCUCUGUCAGCGUACGCGAGCACGAUCCAGAGGAGCCCGGUUCAUCUGGCUCAGGCGGCGCUCUCGGUGAGCCUGACCGGCGCGCGCACCACCGCCGCCACCAUCACCAAGCUGCUCAAAGGCAGCGGGGCCGCGGUGGGCGCCAGGGAGGCGGAGGCCAUGAACGACUGCUUGGAGAACAUGGGCAACUCGGUGGAGGAGCUCCGGGACUCGCUCAAGGAGAUGGGGCAUCUCAAGGGCAAGGACCUGCGGCUCCGCGUCAACGACAUGCAGACGUGGGUGAGCUCCGCGUUGACCGAUGAGAACACUUGCAUGGAAGGCCUUCCCACCACCGCCAGCAUGAAGGUUGGUGUGCGAGGCACCAUCAGAGGCGAGAUCGUGAAGGCCGUGCAGCUGACGAGCAACGCCUUGUCAUUGAUCAACGGCCUCUCCGGCGUUUAGAUUUCCUCUUCUCUACGUUCCAGCUUAAGAGUAAUGGCUAGCCAAGUGUGGAUGGCGAUGUGCGUCAUAUCUCUAAGUUAUAUGGUCUUCUGGUGUGCAUAUACGUAGCAUGGAGUGAAAGCAAUUGCAGUCAUCUGCAUGACAACUUUGCAUCAUCAAGUCUCAGUAAAGGUUGAUAGCCAAUAAAUCUUUCUUAUGACA